CAGGGCCACCUCCAGGGCCACCAGGGCCAAGAGCCACCCCAGGGGACAGGGGUGGGGAGGUUUAUAUUUAGCAGCACCCCGAGGACCGAUCGGGUUUCGGCUGGGCGCGCCGGCGUCCCCGUGGUGUCUCCGGGGGCCGGUGACAUGGAGGGAGCGGGGUUACCCCAUGAGGGGGGCCAGUUGUCCCAGUCCCCCAUCCUGGGGCUGUGGCGCCAGGCUCCCCCCGCCAAGAAGACGAAGAAAGCUGUCCUCUUCUUCGAGGUGGAGAUCCUGGACGCCCGGACGCGGGAGAAGCUCUGCUUCCUCGAUAAGGUGGAGCCUAACGCCACCAUCGCCGAGAUCAAGAGCCUGUUCACCAAGGCCCAUCCCCAGUGGUACCCGGCCAGACAGUCCCUGCGCCUGGACCCCAAGGGCAGGUCCCUGAAGGACGAGGACGUGCUGCAGAGCCUGCCCGUGGGCACCACCGCCACCUUCUACUUCCGCGACCUGGGGGCCCAGAUCAGCUGGGUGACGGUCUUCCUGACGGAGUACGCGGGGCCGCUCCUCAUCUACCUGCUCUUCUACUUCCGUGUCCCCUUCCUCUACGGCCCCCGCUACGACUUCACCGCCAGCCGCCACCCCGUCGUCCACCUGGCGUGCGGCUGUCACUCCUUCCACUACAUCAAGCGCCUGCUGGAGACGCUCUUCGUCCACCGCUUCUCCCACGGCACCAUGCCCCUGCGCAACAUCUUCAAGGUGACACCCGUGUCACCCCCCCCCCCGCCCCUGCUGUCCCCUCCCUGUGUCACCCCACGGGUGCUGGUGGUGCCACUUGGGGACAUUAAACUGUCACCCGUGGGUGCUGGCGGUGCCCACUCGGGACCUUAUCCUGGCACCCAUGGGUGCUGGCGGUGCCACUCGGGACCUGGAAGUGUCACCCCGUGGGUGCUGGUGGUGCCACUCGGGACCUCAAACUGUCACCCGUGGGUGCUGGUGGUGCCACCCAUGACCUGGCAGUGUCACCCGUGGGUGCUGGUGGUGCCACCCCGGGACCUUAUACUGUCACCCGUGGGUGCUGGCACUGUCACCCAUGACCUGGAAGUGUCACCCGUGGGUGCUGGCGGUGCCACUCGGGACCUCAAACUGUCACCCGUGGGUGCUGGCACUGUCACCCAGGCCAGCACUGACACCCGUGGGUGCUGGUGGUGCCACCCAUGA